AUGUCGCUCUACGAAUACAAGCACCCCAUCAUCAACAAAGAACUUUGUUCCGGACCAGACUCCGCGUCGCGUAAGCAAUUCCCAACGCUCGAGGCGUGGUACGACGUGGUCAACGACUACGAGUUCCAGGCCAGGUGUCCCAUCAUCCUGAAGAACUCGCACCGCAACAAACACUUCACGUUCGCAUGCCACCUUAAGUCGUGCCCCUUCAAAGUGCUGCUGAGCUACUCGGGCCAGAACAAGGACGGCCCGUUCGAGUCCUCGCGCGACGAUGAGGACGACGAGGUGGACGGCGACGCGUUGCACCACCACCACCACCAUCCUCACGGCCGCGAGGGUGACGACGUGAGCGCAGCUAUUGCUGCCGCCGUGGCAGCUGUUACCGACACCAAGCCACCCGUUGGCGGACACGGCGCUGGUGGAUCGCAUCCGGGAUCGGGUGUCGGUGUGAAUGGCCGCGGUUCGGCUGGCGUGGACGAAGACGACGAGGACUCUCAACUACAAGGUCUUGCUUCCGUGCGUGGUCCCUUCACCGUGACUAAGAUCGACCCAUACCAUAACCACCCGCUGGAAUCCAACCUGUCUCUCUCCAAGUUCGUGCUGACCAAAGUACCUCGUAUUUUGCAGAACGACCUGAAGUUCGAUUCGAUUUUGGAGUCUCUAUGCAACGAAGACGACAACACUGUGGCCAAGUUUCGCGUAUCCCAAUACGUGGACGAGAGCGGUAUCCUGGAUAUUUUGAAAGAACGUUACGGUCUAACGGACCACGAUCUGGACAAAAAAUUGUUGUCUCACAUUGCGCGUCGUAUCACCACUUACAAAGCUCGUUUUGUGUUGAAAAAGAAGAAAAACGGUACGUACGGCGUGCCUGCCGCCAUGAGUGCGGCAGCCGCCGCCGCCGCCGCCAUUAAUGCGAAUGGCCACGGUUCUGGUUCCGCGACCCCACAGCAACAUCAUCAUCACCACCAUCACCACCACCACCACCAAUUGUCGCGGCAAUCCGAUAUAGGAUCACCUGAUAUGGACAAGAAACGGUCCUAUGCCCCUAACGACGGCGUUUCUGACCAGGAUGACGACCUCGACUCUCGCAAACGUACCCGUACCAACAAGAUCUCCGCCGCCGUGAAAAUGGGGACGCGCUCUUCGUUGGUCAAUGAUCCGGGUCUGGCUCAGUUGGAAGAUGCCCACGACUCCGAGGACAACAAAUUACCUCAAGAUGUUGCUGAGCAAUUGCGUUUGUUGAGCUCACACUUGAAGGAGGUUGAACAGCAACAGCAACAGCAGCAACAUGAACAUGACCACGACCAAGACCAUCAUCACCACCAUCAGCUGCACCACCAUUCAUAUCAUGACCAACCGCUCGACGACCACCGCCACGACCAACUUCGCUCACCACGUCGUCCUGGCCACAAGCGUGAAGAGGAUGACGAAAACAUUCAGCCCGAAUUGAGAGGGCAAUAG